UCUGCUGGAGAGAUCUCUCUGAUCAUCCUUUCUGUAUGCCCCCUUUUCCUGCCCCAGCUCUUGCCAUCUGUACCCUCUGUGCCCUGCUCUUAUUGCCCCUGGGUAUUUCUAUAGAACUGCCCCGCACCUCUUCCCGUCCUGCUGCCUCCGCUGGACAGCUCCUAGCCGUAUCUCUGCACGGGGCUGCAGAGAUAAUGAAGCUCCUGGGCCAUAAGCUAGAACUUUGGGCAGGUCUGCUGCUGCCUGAGGUCAGUUUAUCCGGAAUGAGUGAACUUCGAUUUCCCGAGGAGAAGCCUCUUUUAAGAGGACAGGAUACUGAGAUGGAAUCUGCGGAUACUUUUCUAUCUGCCACUGACACCGACUGGAAGGAACAUGACAUUGAGACCUCGUACGGGAUGUUACAUGUCGUCAUCCGUGGAACCCCAAAGGGGAAUCGCCCUGCGAUACUCACGUACCACGACGUGGGGCUGAAUCAUAAACUUUGCUUCAACACAUUCUUCAACUAUGAAGACAUGCAGGAAAUAACCAAGCAUUUUGUGGUGUGCCACGUGGAUGCCCCGGGGCAGCAGAUGGGGGCCUCCCAGUUCCCGCAGGGGUACCAGUACCCAACGAUGGAGCAGCUGGCAGCCAUGUUACCCAGCGUGAUGCAGCAUUUCGGGUUUCAGAGCAUCAUCGGCAUCGGUGUUGGAGCGGGAGCGUAUGUUCUGGCCAAGUUUGCUCUGAUAUUCCCGGAGUCGGUCGAAGGUCUGGUUCUCAUCAAUAUUGAUCCCAAUGGGAAGGGCUGGAUCGACUGGGCAGCCUCUAAGCUCUCUGGACUCACCAGCUCCCUGCCAGACACCAUAUUGUCCCAUCUCUUCAGCCAGGAGGAGCUGAUGAAUAACACAGAGCUCGUCCAGAAUUACCGCCAGCAGAUUGCCAGCUGUGUGAAUCACAACAAUCUACAGCUCCUGUGGAACAUGUACAUCAGUCGCAGAGAUCUCGAGAUGAACCGCCCCGGCACUGUACCAAACGCCAAAACACUGAGGGCUCCGGUGAUGCUGGUCGUUGGAGAUAAUUCCCCGGCUGAAGACGGUGUGGUCGAAUGUAACUCCAAACUGGAUCCAACAAACACAACGUUCUUGAAGAUGGCCGACUCCGGUGGGCUUCCCCAGGUCACACAGCCCGGGAAGCUCACGGAAGCCUUUAAGUAUUUCCUGCAAGGCAUGGGAUACAUUGCUUCCCUGAAGGAUCGGAGGCAGAGUGCCAGCGCAGUGCCGUCGGCCAGUAUGACUCGUCUUGCCCGUUCCCGCACGGCAUCUCUCACCAGCGCCAGUUCUGUGGAUGGAAGCCGUCCCCGGCCCUGCACCCAGUCAGAAAGCAGCGAGGGCAUCGGGCAGAUGAACCACACCAUGGAGGUGUCCUGCUGAGCACUUGGCGCUGGGACCCUGAAGCCACCUCUGCUCUUCUUACCCCGUCAUCUCUCAUUCCCUCUCUCCCCGCUUUUGCUUCCUGUUUCCAACUCACUGCACCCCCUUUAAACAGCGUCUGGCGUUUCUGGGGAUCCUGUAAUGAGAAUGGCUGUGGUUCAGUGUUUUAGGGUUCGUUCCCCAGAUUGGAUGUAAGGGCACCCCCCCCAUGUUAGUCGAGGGGGUUGCGUAAUAACACGAGUAUGACCAAGACCAGUAAACCCUGGCAGAGCGUCAGCUCUGCAGACAAGAGCGUACGCUGUUUGAUUACGUGGGGGUUAAACAAUAGGAUUUGUAUAGUGUAGGUGAAGCAGGCAGGGAAGGGGUUACUGGAGAUGAGACCAUGUGAGAGUCAUCGUCCGUGUCCUGUCUGCCUCCGCUCCGGCUCAGUGUCUCCGCUCCAGCUCCUUGCGGAUUUAUUUGUAUUAAUACCCACACGUGAUACAUAGAGAGAUCUUCCGUCGCCCAUCUCUGUGACCCCACUCCGUGUACUCUGUACGUUUUGGUUUUUUUUGGUGGAAUUGAAUGGUUCCUGGUUAAUCUUUCUCCUGUCUCUGUAUGCAGUGACUCUGUAAUCAUAUAUAAUCUAUAGGAAUACUCUUUGGUGUGUACAUUGUGGUGGUUGAUGCUUCUAGUUGCAGUAAAAGCCAUCAUUACAAUAUCCCGUGAAGAGAUAAGAGAAAAAUAAACGUCUCGGAUCUG